AAAGAAACAGAGGCGGAGUACUCCGGCCUUUGUUGUAGCAAAAACAAUGAUGAGAAGAGUCAUACCGCGAAAAUUUUCGAGAUUUUCAGCAACCCUUCCCUAUUUUCCACCUCUCCGUAAUUAUGACAAAGGUGGGUUGCCGGCAAACCCUCCAACACUUUGCCCCAAAUCGACCUACAAUUCAAACCUCAGAUGGGUAUUCACCCAAAAUUACCUUCCUCCUCCCGAGUGGAUAGAACCCUUCAAUGACGUCUCCGGUUUGGUCUCCCCAGACCGACAAGAUUUGCAGCCGUCGCCGUGGGUAAGCCAAAUUCUCAUUCUUUUGGAUGGCUCUCCUGCAAUGGAAGAAAAUUUGAACUAUUUUUGCCGCAAGUUCUUGAUUAAGUUGUCUCCAAGCUUUGUGGCAUUUGUUUUAAAAUCUGUUCAGCUUCGAGAUAAACUUGAUAUUGCUUUAAGGUUCUUUAUAUGGGCGGGUAAGCAAAAGAAGUACAACUAUAAUCUAGAGUGUUAUGUUUCUCUGAUUGAUGUUUUAGCUUUGGCAAAUGAUUUGGAAAGAUUGCAGUCUGUCUUCAGGGAACUUAGAGAAAUGGGGUUUCUAAUGACAGUCUCUGCUGCAAAUUCUUUAAUUAAGAGCUGCGGGGGACUUGGAAUGGUUGAGGAGUUGUUGUGGGUGUGGCGUAAAAUGAAAGAGAAUGGAAUUGAACCUAGUUUAUAUAGUUACAAUUUUCUGCUAAAUGGCUUGGUAAAUUCAAAGUUUAUUGAAUCUUCAGAGCGGGUGUUUGAGGUUAUGGCGAAUGGUAAUGUUGGACCAGAUGUCGUGUCCUACAACACAAUGAUAAAAGGGUAUUGUAAGGCAGGGAAGACCCAGAAAGCAAUGGAAAAGUUUCGGGCCAUGGAGGUGAGAAAUGUUGAACCAGAUAAAAUUACUUACAUGACUUUGAUUCAGGUAUGUUAUUCUGAAGGGGAUUUUGAUGCUUGCUUGAGUUUAUAUAAUGAAAUGGGGGAGAGGGGAUUGGAAGUUCCACCUCAUGCAUAUAGUUUAGUUAUUGGAGGGCUUUGUAAAGAAGGGAAAUGUGAUGAAGGCUAUGCCCUUUUUGAGAAUAUGAUUCAGAAGGGCCAUAAAGGAAAUGUAGCAAUUUACACCUCCUUGAUAGGUGCAUAUGCAAAAUCUGGAAGCUUGGGAGAGGCAAUAAAGCUAUUUGAGAGAAUGAAAACUGAGGGGCUUGAACCUGAUGAAGUUGCUUAUGGGGUUAUUGUCAAUGGUUUGUGUAAGAUUGGAAGAUUGGAUGAGGCUGUGGGGUAUUUUGAGUUUUGUAGAGACAAGGGUUUUGCAGUUAAUGCCAUGUUUUAUUCUAGUCUCAUUGAUGGGAUGGGGAAGGCUGGGAGGGUAGAUGAAGCUGAGAAAUUUUUUGAAGAGAUGUCUGAGAAGGGGUGCACACCUGAUUCGUAUUGCUAUAAUGCCCUCAUAGAUGCCUUUGCAAAGUCUGGGAAGAUCGAUGAAGCAUUAGGACAGUUUAAGAGGAUGGAGGAUGAAGGCUGUUAUCAGACAGUUUAUACAUACACAAUACUUAUAAGUGGACUGUUUAAGGAGCAUAGAAAUGAAGAGGCAUUAGAAAUGUGGGAUAUGAUGAUCAACAAGGGUAUAACACCAACUGCAGCUUCCUUUAGGGUUCUCUCCAAGGGACUUUGUCUUUCAGGCAAGGUAGCUCGUGCUUGUAAGAUUUUGGAUGAUCUAGCACCAAUGGGUGUUAUUCCUGAGACAGCUUUUGAAGACAUGAUUAAUGUCUUGUGCAAAGCUGGCCGUGUAAAGGAGGCUUGCCGGUUGGCUGAUGGUAUUGUUGAUAGGGACAGAGAAAUACCAGGAAGAAUACGCACUCUUCUAAUUAAUGCCUUGAGAAGGUCAGGCAAUGCAGACUUGGCAAUGAAAUUGAUGCAUAGUAAGAUUGGCAUUGGUUACAAUAGAGUUGGUAGCAUUAAAAAGCGAGUAAAAUUCAGGGAUCUUAUUGAAAGUUGAGUUUUUUGCCAGAUUUUUUUUAUUUCUUUGCUUCUUGUUUCAUUCAAAAGUGGCCCCCUUAUAUUAUCACUUAUGCAUAAAGAGCUGAUUGCAAGUCCCUCCUUCAGCCUUGCACUUUGUAUAAUCAAUUUAAUGGGAAAAGAGAUUUCUUUAAUUGCCAAGACCUUUACAAAUAUCACCAAUCAUUUGUUUGCUUGAGAAGAUUGCAGACAGGUUUAGUCAGUUCCCUUCAGUUGCUGGAGACAUCCAUGUUGGUCUGCAGCUAAUCUUUGGUUAUGUUUCCAAGUUUUAUUAGCUGCAGCACUCAUGGAUAUUGAUGGGCUGCAUUUAGAUAUUUGAAAAAGUAUCCCUUUGGGUAAACAAACGGAACAAAGUCAAGGACAUUGGUGGAACUUCUUUCAUAAGGUUGUUAAGGCACGUAUCACGAAGUGACCCUCAAUAUUCCAUUCAGUUGCGAUCCUAGAUAGAUCACCUUUUUUGUUCACUUGGAAAGAAGGGACCUACUGGCCUCUCAAUGUCAUUGUACAACCAAGUCAGAUACAAGUAAUUGGCAAGUAUUGGAUGACUGAUAUUGCUCCAUUGCAAAUAUUACCACCCCUAUUUUGCAUAAACCUUUUUCUUUCCUUUUGUCGUAUAAAGUAAUUGAUCUGAU